GACACCGGUUUUGAAAGCCGUCUGCUUCUGUAGACAUGGCGGCCGGAGUGGGUGAUUUAAAAUGUUUCUUUAUUAGGUUAAUUGGGAUAAUCCUCCUAUCUCUGCUGUUUUCUGACGCAGCUGUGCCUGUGUGGGAUGAGAAUGGCUACGUACUGUACUGUCCGUGCAUGGGUAGAUUUGGCAAUCAGGCAGACCAUUUCUUGGGGUCCCUGUCAUUUGCCAAAAUGCUCAAUCGGACGCUGGCAGUUCCGCCCUGGAUCGUUUAUCGGCACCACACGCCCCCUUACACCAAUAUGCACAUCCCCUACGAAGAGUUUUUCCAGCUGGAUGCCCUGCAUGAAUACCAUAGGGUGGUGAGUCUGGAGGACUUCAUGGAGCAUUUAGCACCUACACACUGGCCUCCAGGCGAAAGGGUGGCUUAUUGUUUUGAGGUGGCUGCCCAACGCUCUGCUGACAAGAAGACCUGCCCCAUGAAGGAUGGCAAUCCGUUCGGCCCAUUCUGGGACCACUUUGCAGUGGAGUUUGAUAAGUCGAUACUUUUCAAUAGUAUAUCAUUUGGAUCCUACUAUGAGACCCACUGGAUGACAAAAUUCCCUCCUUCUGAGCAUCCUGUCAUGGCUCUCCCUGGAGCUCCAGCCCAGUUUCCAGUUCAGGAAGAGCAUUUAGGUUUGCAGCGUUAUAUGGUGUGGUCAGAUAAGAUGGUACAGGCAGGAGAGGAGCACGUCAAAGCCCUGCUCAGUCGACCAUACGUCGGCAUUCACCUGAGAAUUGGAUCAGACUGGCAAAAUGCCUGUAAGCUUCUGGAAAAUAAGGACACAGGGCCCCAUUUUAUGGCGUCCCCGCAAUGUGUGGGAUACAGUCGUCACACGGCUCGACCUCUCACCAUGACAAUGUGCCUGCCCGACCUGGCAGAGAUUAGCCGUGCCCUCAGGCUGUGGGUUAAGAAGAUAGGUGCCCGCUCUGUCUACAUUGCAACUGACUCUGAGUCCUAUAAGACUGAGAUCCAUAAGCUAUUUAAAGGAAAGGUGAAGGUUGUCAACCUGCAGCCAGAAAUGGCACAAAUUGACCUGUAUAUUCUGGGACAAGCAGAUCACUUCAUCGGGAACUGUGUGUCUUCCUUCUCUGCUUUCGUAAAGAGGGAUCGAGAUAUCCAUGGACGUGCCUCAUCUUUCUUUGGCUUGGACAACCCUGGAAAGAGGGAUGAACUUUAAUAAUAUCAAGUAGCAUUGAGGUGUAAACCCUUGAAUUUACUUCAUUUGAUUAGUCUGAAACAUCUGUCUGAAAUGGCUAUGAAUGGUUUUUACCGAUAGAAAUGAGAAUUAGUAGGUCAGCUACAAGGAGGAAAUAAUAAUGGAAAUGGUCACUUUUUAGUAUCUCUUUACCCAAUUCAACAUACUUAUAUUAAUGUAGAAUUGAGAUACACUGAGUUUCCAAAAUAUAUAUAUUUUUAUAUGCACUACAGUAUUAUACUAUAGAAUGCCAGUUUGAUACUGAUUUGUUUAUUUGGUCCAGCAGGCCUUUCAUGGCACUGGAGCAUUUCCAGUUUCCCCAAACAGAACUUCUCUUCAAUAGUUGAAUUUGCAUCCCAGUCAAGGGAGGACGAACCUGGGUCAGUUCAUUAAGCACGCAUUCUCCGUGGCUGCAGAAAGUACAUCCCUUUCAGAGAGCAUGUUAUGAAAGGAAAAACAGGGAACCUAGAACCUUUCUUCCUCUCAGCUGGAUUUUUCAUCAUGUGAGCAUGGGCACAUAUAGGUGGUGGUAACUGAUCCUUGGGAUGCUAAUUAUAGGGAGGUCAUUAUAAUGUUACCGCCUUGUAUAUCUUUCUGUUGCACUCCGAUUUGUGUGUCUAAAUAUGCCAGCUAUUUUCCAAAGAAACUCUUGAACUCACUCUGUACUUGUUUCCUUUAAUGUGAGGCACGGGCAAAGUAAAUGCGAGUUGAGAAGACACUGAAUAGAUUUCUGUUCGUUCGUGAAGUCCUGUUUUACAAUGUUGUCUGCUUCCUUUAUAUAUCCAGUAAGAUGUUUUCAGAAUGCAGUAUAGUUAUGUUAGCAGUGUAUUAUCAUUUCAUCUGCAUUAUUAUUUUAAGCAUGGAGUAAUCAUGAAGCAGUUUCCCUGCCUUUAUUGUAACUAAACAUACCUACACUAUGAAGACCUAUGACCUGGAAGUGCAAACAUUCUUUUUCCAUUCCAUAUAAUAACGUUCAGUGUAUACUGUUAUGUGUCCGUUCAAUUAUCAUGUGUUGCAGGUCAAAUUUGAAGGGUGGCCAGAUUUUAUUCAGUUGUAAAAACCAACUAAUUUAAACGCCUUUUGGAACCAUU